AUGUCAUUAUCAAAAUUUAAUAGUAUAUCACCUUUUAAGAGUAUUGAUAUUAAUCCAUCAUCAAUCAUUCAAUCAUUACAAGAAAAGAUUAGAUAUGAUAAGAUUGGUGAACGUGUAUUGAAUAGAUUGUCAAAUCUUUCAAUCAUUGAUAUGAUAGCUUGUACAUUUUUUAUUGGGUAUGGUAGUAUUAUUGCAUAUGGAUAUUUAGAUGCAGGUAAUGAAAUUAGUAAAUGGGAUGAUGAAGAAGAGAUUUAUAGUGUAUUUGAAGCAAUGGAAAGAAAUUCAAGUAUCCCCUCAAAAGUAUUAGGUCAUUUAAGAGAUCUUGAUCAAAUAUUGAUGUGUUUAGAACUAAACAAACGAUUUGCCAAAAAGGUUGCAUCAAACAAACGUUUGUCUUCUAAAAUUAUCUCAUCGAUCAUGACCGCACUCAUUCCAAUCACCAAUUUUAUGGAUGAUACACAAGAUGAAAAUGCAUACAUGUUGAUGGAUAAAUUCGUAUUACUUGUUCAGAAUAUAUUAGAAAUCAUGUUUAGAUAUUGUGAUAUUGAUCAAAUACCAUUAAAUACAAUGGUGGAUACACUUCAAUUUGAUGUAUCGGUAGCACUUAAAAUGUUUUAUUUAUUGGCUAUUUCAUUGGCUAUUUUGGAUCGACCUAAACAAGUCGUUGUAUUGUGUCCAGAGAAUACGCUGAGAGUAUUUACAACACUGAUUGAUAUGCAAUUGGAUAUGGGGUAUCCCCACAUUCGGUUGGCUGCAUCGGUUUUGGCCAACUAUGAAAGCAGCACAAGUGCAGUGACUAAACCAAUCAAUCCUCACAAGAGCUUGGCAGUUAAACUAUUUGGUCCAAAAAUAUUUAUUCACUGGGAAGAGAAACUAUCGAUCGUUGCAUUAUCAGCGGUUUGUGUAGGAACUAAAUUAGUUUCACCAACCAUGAUGGCAAUCCACUUGUUGAGAAGAUCGAUACCAGCAAGAUCACUCACCUACCAAUUUAACAACUUUUUUACCCGUUCGUUGGCCGUCUUUGGUGGUAUGGUUAUCCCAGACGUAUGCGAAUUCCUCUCACAAUCCUAUCGAUCAUAUAUUGCUGGUUACGCAUCUGUUUAUUUAAUACCUGGAACAAUCAUUAUGUUUAUCAUUUCUAAUCGAAAUACUACAAGAUCACAAAUCUACGAACAAAUAACAUCUGAAAAUAAGCAAAGAAGACAGACCUUAAAUUAA